CCCUUACGCCCAUCUAUUUACUUUUAAUUUGUCGCUCCUUCGUUUGGAAUUUCAACCUUCUCAGAGAAGUUUUAAGACAAUGUCACCGUCUUCAACCUCCACCAAACUACGACCCUUCCUCUUUGCCGCCCUCUCAACCCUCUCCACCAUAUCCGCUGUCGUAAUACCAACAGCUCCAGGUCCAGGUGCCGUUUUCAACCAAGGUUCAAAAUGUAGUACUUCGUGGGUUGGGGAUACAGAGGGAAAAUGGAAUGAUAUGACGAUUGAGUUGAUGACGGGUGAUAACUUCAGGAUGAUACAUUUAUCUACCGUUGGCUCGGGUCUGGACGGUAACAAGGAUGGCACCCUCGACUUCACCUGUCCAGAAGUAUCACCAUACUCUGCGAUCUACUUCUUACAAUACUCCUCUUCAUCCUCUCCUGGAGUCUUGCAAUGGGCAACACGGUUCACUAUAGCAGAUUCGAACGGUAACUCUGUACCUCCACCUGAAACGACUCAACCGGAUGGAGCAAAUAUCCCAUGGGGUGUUGGGUCGCUCGGUGGGGGUGGAGGGACCUCAGGCUCUUCUUCCUCAACCGGCGGUAACACGGAUACCUCCCUCAUCAUCACCUCUAGUACAAGCACGCUUGCCAGCGGCGCUUCGGAUUCUACUACCUCUAGCACAUCCAACCCGGUAACCAGCACAACUAGUACAGCCUUUGCUACUCACUCCACCACUACAUCCGUCGUUGGUACACCAAUUACGAAUGUCGUUGGUACUGGUACGGGUAUGACAACCGUACGGAACAUAAACACACAAGCUACGACCGGUGUUGGCCGCGCUACUGCGACGCUGGGUGUUUCCGGAACUGGAGAUGGAAAUGGACUCGGAGCUAAUAAUACUAAUACUCAGAACUCGAACCAUGGAAGUUCAUUACGGUUCGACUCUUUCGAGUUCGCAGGAGUGAAAGGCUCCCUUCCGGUCUCUUUUGUGACUGUGUGCCUUUUUUCAGUACUCGGGGUGUUCUUAUAGGAGAGUCAUCAUUUUUUAUUUAUCCUUGGGUUGAGAUUUGUCAAUGACUUUCGGACGUUUUAUUUUAAGCAAUGAUAUCCUUACUGAUACUGAUACCACUAGUGCAUGGAGGUGUAUCGUAUUUUUGGCUACUAGUACACCUCAUGCUUAAUUGAAUUUAAUUUUGGGUGACCUGGUGGUUUUCACAAGAUUCAGAAAUACCAAGGACUGUAUCUCCG